GUCAUGCUCUGCGCGUUUGCGCGAGGAGUGGUCCGGCGGAGUGUUCCUUCCUGUUCCAGCAGAGAUAUAGGAUGGCGUCGUUGAAUCUUAACCCAAACCCGUUAUUAAAACCUUCAUCUUUCCCCGUCGGUCGGAAGAAGAACCCUUUAUUCAAAUCUUCAUCUUUUCCCAUCGGUUGGAAGAAGAAUAAGAGUAAGCUAAAUUUGCAUAAAACUUUCUCUAUUACUUAUGAAAAUUGCUUGCAUACGAGUUCGUUUCAAUCGAAGGCGAGGAGCAAGUUUAUUAUUGGGCAGUUUCCACUCUCAAAUAUUAGAAACAUGAAUUACGUGGUAGUUUCAAUCGACAAAGAGAAUUUGGAGCCCAAAAUAUUAAAUAGGAUGAAUAAGAUCGAUACUCAUCGUAACUUUCUUCCAUAUGCUGCUUCCAAUGGUUUGAUUUUACUUUUGUGUGAUAACAUUUGUGGUGAACAUCUCGACAUUCCCCAAGAGGCUCUUUGGAAUCCCACAACCAACGAACUCAAAAUCCUUCCUCCAUCUCCCGCAACCUUGGAUCCGAGGUAUGUGAAGAUAAUCCGCAAUCAUUUUGGUUUCGCGUAUGAUUCCACAUCUAACGACUACAAGGUGAUAAGAUUUCUGGGAAGAUAUGAUGAUUUGAGUUACUCCCUUGGCGCGGCCGAAUUAUAUUCUCUCAAGACUAACUCAUGGAAAGGAGUCGACUUUCAUCCUAGUACCUUCCAUCCGUGCGGUAAUCGAUUCAUGAAAAUUAACGCAAAUGGCACUUAUUACUGGCUAAAUAACGUAGACCACAAUUUUAUCCAGUCUUUUACCUUUGCUACCGAGAAGUUUGAUUCAUAUCGCGUUCCUAUGCCCCCGAGCAACAUGUUCAAUGGAUAUAAAUUUUGUCAGAAGAGGCUCGUUGAAUAUCGGGGCUCGCUCGGUUUUUUGGCUUCGACUUCUAUGUACGUAGACAAGGUGAAUUAUUGUGCUUUCGAACUUUGGGUGUGGGACGCCGCCAGUUUGUCGUGGUGCCUAGAGUCCGAGUUUCUCGUCAAUAAGAUGCGUAGUUUUAUGGGCCUCUUUGAGAAUGAUAAGUUGUUUUAUCUACAGUCGGGGGGUGAUCUAAUGGUUCAAGAUUGUGCAACGAAUAAAGCGAUGAACUUAUCGAAUGCCAUUACUCAUGAGGUGGGCAGGCUAUACCCUUUUGUUGAGAACUAUGUUUCGUUGAGCUUGUAUGGAAAAUGAUUCGAGAUGGUUGGGAGAGGUAUUUGAUUAUAAUAUGGCUUAUAUGAUAUGAUGUACUUUAUCUUUCUUUUUAGGAAGUGCAAUAUUUAGGAAUUUGGUAUGCAAAGAACUUGUUG